UCCACACAAGACCACGAUGAGCCCCACGCCCCUCCAGCUACUAUAAUUGUUACAUAGAACUACUUUGAUAUCGCGAAUCUUUCUGCACAUACUAAUAGGCAUUAUUGUCCUCCAUAUGCUAGUUUGAGCGUGGUAGGACAAAGCGGCCCUCCGCUUCCCGGUUCUGAUCUACGCUAGAUAUUGAAUGUGCAAAUUCACGUUCACUGGGAACUGGGUAAUCGUCGAUACAGUUCCAUUAUGACGAAAGACUGGAAUGCAGUACAAGAGGAGAUUAAGGAGCUGUCGUUCAACCAAAAGAAGUCGCUGGAGGAGGUGAAGGAGUUGAUGGAACGCAAGUAUAAGUUCAGGGCUUCCACAAGAGCUUAUCGUAUGAAGCUGAAAGAAUGGGGCUUCAUGAGACACAAGCCUCGGAAGAUAACAAAGGACAGUAACGAAGUGAGGGAGAGGAGCCGGUCCAGUCAUGGGGAAAGCGAUGUGCCUAACCGGGAGUCGAGCGCGACAGUUGAUCCGACAUCGAUUGACACCAUCCCUUCCACGGUGUGUGAGAAGCCCCAGAGAUGGCAAAUCGUUGAAAACGCUGAUACGGACGCUGAGCCGACAUUCAUGAGCUUGCUCGGCCGAGCUAGAGAUCUCCAGCCAUCGUUUGACCCUUGGUCUGAAGCUCGAACAAGGGCAUCAGGAAUCGUUCUAGACAUGCUCAGUGCCAUCUUAGAUAAGGAUUCCGAAAAACUAGAGAAGCUGAUCGUCGAGAAUGUGAACCAUGUAAACGACCCCAUCGGCCUGCCGUUCGACUCGCCAAAUAGUCGCUUUUUUGGGCAUCCAGCACUCAGUCAGAUGGUUAUCCUCCAGCAUUCUGAUCAGAAAUUGCUAGACAUCGCGUGUGGAAUGCCUUGUGGACCGAUCAUUUGGGUGCUGCUAUCGCACGGGGCGACCGGCUCUAAACAUCCUCUUGGUACGGACCUUGCCCUCCAUAAUGCGAUCAAGAACGGAAGACCGUAUACAGUACAGGCGCUGCUUGUCCCAGGUCGGUCAAAUGUGAAUGGGGUACCCGGAACGUCUUGGAAACCUCUUCUACAAGCAGUAUUCUGGAACGUGCCGGAAGUUGUUCGUAUACUUCUUACUCGGGGUGCCGACAUUGAAGAUGCAGGGCCAUCGCCUAUGAGCACGGGAUCCCAUACUGCGCUACAACUGUGCUUGGAAUAUCGUGCGACCAACUACCUCAAUCAGACAGCCAAGGAAAGAUGCCAUCAAAUUCUGAAAAUGCUCUUAGAUGCCGGUGCAAACACUCAUGUAGCUCUAGUGGAAGGUGCCACACAGUCUCCAUUCGAGGUAUUCAUAAGACCAUGGCAAGGUGUGCCAUACUGGACUAUGGGACUUACCGAGACAGAGCUGGACUGUUUUCGAAUCUUCGUGAGCAAAGGCGCAAAUUCACAGGCCCAGUUCGACGGCUAUCCGUGCAGAUCGCUAUCGAGCACAACAUUCGAGCAUCAAGUUAUAUGGCAUUCCACACCAAGCAUCGCUCGACUUCUCAUUGAUAGCUUUGCUAUAUGUCCACACAGUAAUGGCUCCAGUCUUCUCCACGAACUCCUUGGGUCGUGUUCGGAGGCAAAGCGGCAUCCGGUCGACACAUUGCGUGACCUUGAAGUACUCCUGCAAAAGGGCGUGGAUCCAAACCUCGCAGAUAUCAAUGGAGCAACACCGUUGGAAAAGUGCAUCAAGCAGUGUCCAGCUGUCGAUCUUGUGGCACGUUUACAGAUGCUUUUAGAGCGUGGAGCGGAUCCUGAAAGCAAAGGUUACAGCGGUGUUCAACCGUAUGUCUCCGCAGCACGAACAUUCGAACAGCCUCUUCUCUCCGAAGUUAUGGAAGCCCUAGUUCUUAAGAUUCGCGGGCGAUACAUUAGACACGUCGAUGGUGUCCCUCAUACUUGGGCCAACGGGAUUUUCCCAAUCUCGGAAACGCAGAGCUAUGAGCAGGUGAUGUCAUGCACACGGAAGACGGGCGAUUUCAUGCUGAACAUGCAAUCAAUGAUCCCAGGAGAUGCUCAACAAGUGUUUCAACGAGCGUACUUUACCGUCGUCAGCAAGCACUUCCUCGAUACCAUGACUAGGGUAGCAAAGAUGAAGAUGCUAAAUACCAACGAGAAGAACGAGAUCGUUUGGGUUAUCUCCAUGCGCAAAGUCGUUGAUUGUCCAGAGUAUAAGUUUGACCAAGAGCUUGUUGUGGCAUUGUUGGACCCCCAACCCUUUCCAAGCAUGGCCCUUGAUAUGAGCGCCGAGGCUACGAGGGCAAGCACACUUCCUCAAGAGUCAACAUCAAGUACGAUCGCGUCACCCGCUUCGAGCCUUACGAUCACCGGGAACGCAACAUCUCCUCAAGUACACACGCUGUUCCAGUUCAAUUCUAACAGUUCGGCGACAUCUGACCAAGCAAUAUCGACGUCUAAGUCUCCGGUGGAGGCCACCUCGUUGGUUGACGACUAUUUCAUUCCAUCUACCACGCAAAUACGUUGGCAUGACCCUUGCGCUCAACCGAAACCAGGCGAUCUCAAUAAAGCAGCAGCCGCUGUUUUGGAAUUCUCGUGUAGUGUGUGCGGUGCAGCGACAUUAUUGACUAAAAAUGAACUCGAGAAGCAUGGUGUAGAACAUGCGCACAGUGAAUCAUGCACGGAGGUGGGCUGUACGAGACGUUUCUGCGCCGCAAAGCGGAUAAACGAAGUUUUAUUGUAGAAGAUUAAUCAAUAGAUAAAUUCGUAAGGUG